AGACAAGUUCGGUCAUCGCCAGCAAGCUCAAUGAGCUCCAAGGAUGACAUUCUUGCACAGGCGGUCGAAAAUGAUUCAAACUACAAAGAGCGGCUUGCCCUGAUCAGAUCAAAUGAUGAGAUUGAUGCGAAGCUUGGUUUCUCUAGAUACACAGGACUACAGGAGAAAAAAGGAUUUCUGAUAAACAUCCAACCUUCGGAGCUUGUCGACGAGCAAACCAAAGUUAUUAUUUCGGUCGUUGACUAUUUCUUCAUCAGUGAUAUGGACGAACGCUUCAAAAUCAGUUACCCAUUUCGACCGUAUUUCUAUAUUGCCACGUUGGAUGGAUUUGAAUUCCAAGUAUCCAGUUAUCUGUCCAAGAAGUACGGAGCCCAGACAGCAGUUGAACAUAUGGAUCGGGAGGAUUUAGAUUUGAAAGAUCAUCUUUCUGGGUUGAAGAAGACAUAUAUCAAACUCUCAUUCACCAGCACCGUGGAAUUGAUAAAAAUCCGUAAGGAAUUAAUGCCGCUGGUGCGGAAAAACACAGAUCGCAUCAAAAAAGAGUCGGCGUACGCUGACUAUUUGGCGAGGAAUCUGAGUGGAAAAGGAGGAGAUAGUAAGGAUCAACAGUUGAAUGGUGACAUCUUGAAUCAAAUUGUUGAUAUCAGAGAAUACGACGUGCCUUUUCACAUGAGAGUUUCCAUCGAUGAAAAGAUCUUCGUCGGAUUAUGGUACGAUGUGAAAGGAAUUGGCCCGAACCGUGUUCCAACAAUAAAGCGAAAAGAUUUGCCCUUGUUCCACGCAAAGCCGAAAGUUCUCGCCUUUGACAUUGAAACAACGAAACUUCCGUUGAAAUUUCCGGAUCGUGAGAGCGAUGAAAUUAUGAUGAUAUCAUAUAUGGUUGAUGGACGUGGAUUUUUGAUUAUCAACCGAGAAAUCGUGUCGGCUGAUAUUAAUGCGUUCGAAUACACACCGAAAGCCGAGUACAUAGGAGAAUUCACAGUCUGGAAUGAGAAGGACGAAGCUGCUCUGAUUCGGAAAUUUUUCGAUCAUUUUUUGCAGGUUCGUCCAAAUAUUGUUGUCACCUACAAUGGAGAUUUCUUCGAUUGGCCAUUCGUAGAAGCUCGUGCCAAGAUCCGCGGAUUCAAUAUGGAAAGGGAAAUCGGAUUUUCUAAGGAUUCCGCCGAUGAGUACAAAUCACGAAAUUGUAUUCAUAUGGACGCUUUCCGAUGGGUCAAACGUGACUCAUAUCUACCGGUUGGAAGUCAGAAUCUGAAGGCAGUGACGAAGGCAAAGCUGAGAUAUGAUCCAGUUGAGGUGGAGCCGGAACUGAUGUGCAAAAUGGCUCGAGAGCAGCCUCAACAGCUGGCCAAUUACUCGGUUUCGGAUGCAGUGUCCACUUAUUAUCUCUACAUGAAGUAUGUUCAUCAAUUUAUCUUCGCUUUGUGCACAAUUAUCCCACUAGGAGCAGAUGACGUGUUGAGAAAAGGAUCUGGAACACUUUGUGAAGCUCUUCUGAUGGUUGAAGCAUUCCAUAACAAUAUUGUGUUCCCGAACAAGUACACUGGACCAGAGGAGACAAGAUUCAGUAAAGAUGGACAUCGUGUUGAGAGCGAGACCUAUGUCGGAGGACACGUGGAAGCUCUGGAGGCCGGCGUAUUCAGAGCGGAUAUUCCAGCAAAAUUCCGGCUUUCCGUUCCUGCUCUUGAGCAAUUAAAAUCCGAGAUUCAAGAGACCCUUCGCAAGGAGCUGGCUCGAGAGUUUGAGGUCACUCUUGACCAGGUCGUUGACUUUGAUGAGCAGUGCGCUGAAGUUCAAGAUGCAUUUGAUGGAAUGAUAAAUGUGCCAACACGCCUCGAGAAUCCACGUAUCUACCAUUUGGACGUCGGGGCCAUGUACCCCAACAUCAUUUUGACUAAUCGAUUGCAGCCAUGUGCGAUGGUCACCGAGGAGAUUUGCAUGGGAUGCUCCUACAACAAACCAGACGCAGAAUGCAAGAGGACGAUGGCUUGGGAAUGGAGGGGAGAGCUGACACCAGCCACUCGAGGAGAAUACCAGCAAAUUAUGCAGCAACUCGAAGCAGAAUCGUUUGGAAAACCACCGAAACACUUUCAUAUGCUCGAGAGAUCGGAGCGAGAAGCCAUCGAAAUGAAGCGUAUCAAAGAUUACAGCAGGCGUGUCUACGGAAAGACUCAUUUGACAAGAUUAGAAAUGAGAGAAACUACAAUUUGUCAACGGGAGAAUCAUUUCUACGUGGAAACUGUAAAAGCGUUCCGUGAUAGAAGAUACGAGUACAAGGAUAUGUUGAAAAAGGCGAAAGGACGAUUCGAUCAAGCCCAGGCGACAAAUGAUCUUGCAACUAUGACUACAUCUAAGUUGGAAAUGGUGCUCUACGAAUCACUGCAGCUGGCUCACAAGUGCAUUCUCAACUCUUUCUACGGAUAUGUGAUGCGUAAAGGAUCCAGAUGGUUUUCAAUGGAGAUGGCUGGAAUUGUGUGCCAUACUGGUGCAAAUAUCAUCCGAGAAGCACGCAAACUUGUUGAACAGAUUGGAACACCGUUGGAGCUUGACACUGAUGGAAUUUGGUGCCUGAUCCCUGCUUCGUUCCCUGAAAAUGUCACUUUCAAGCUGAAAAAUCACAAAAGAAGUUCUGUUACAGUGUCGUAUCCGGGUGCAAUGCUGAAUGCGUUGGUGUAUGAAGGAUUCACCAAUCAUCAGUACCACACUCUGGAAAAAGAUGGGUCUUACUCAAAAUCGUCGGAGAAUUCGAUUUAUUUCGAAGUAGAUGGUCCAUAUCAAUGUAUGAUUCUGCCUGCAUCAAAGGAAGAGGGAAAGAAAUUGAAGAAACGAUACGCCGUGUUCAAUUUAGAUGGAUCACUGGCGGAAAUGAAGGGAUUCGAGUUGAAGAGACGUGGAGAGUUGAAUAUUAUCAAACAUUUUCAGGGAUGCGUAUUCAAAACCUUCCUCAACGGAAAAACUCUUGAGGAGACGUACAAAGCAGUGGCAGCUGAUGCGGAUCACUGGCUGGAUAUUCUUCACUCCCAUGGCGCCGAUCUUACCGAUGAAGAACUAUUCGACUUGAUUUCAGAGAACAGAAGUAUGUCGAGAAAGCUGGAAGACUAUGGAGCACAAAAGAGCACAUCAAUCAGUACUGCAAAACGGCUAGCUGAAUUCCUCGGAGAUGAUAUGGUCAAAGAUGCUGGACUAGCCUGCAUGUUCAUCAUCUCGAAGCAUCCGAUUGGUGCACCGGUUACGGAAAGAGCUAUUCCAGUUGCAAUCUUCAAGUCAGAUGCUAAAGUUCGCAGUCAUUACAUCAGGAAGUGGACGAAACAAGUGGAUUUCAAUGAGGAUACCGAUAUUCGGGAUAUGUUGGAUUGGGAUUACUAUUUGGAACGAUUUGGCAGUUGUAUUCAGAAGAUUAUCACAAUUCCAGCCGCACUUCAAGGCAUAUCAAAUCCAGUGCCACGUGUACCACAUCCAGAUUGGUUGCAGAACAAGAUACGGAAUAAAUUCGACGCUCACAGGCAGCCACGUAUCAAUCAGAUUUUCGCCGCCUGCCAAAAACCUUCAACUUCACAAAUGGACAAUGGAAAACGUCGUAGAACACCUGAUGAUGACGUGGCAUCUGAAGAUGCUAUGGAUUCACAAGAUGACAUCAUAAUCGACGAUGAUAAGGAGAAUGGAGCGAAGCGGCAGAAGAACACCAAGAAGGUACAUACAACUGAGGUAGUCCUCGAGAAGAAGACGUUGGUGGAACACGGUUUCGAUGAAUGGAUGGGAUUUCUGAAAAAGAAGUGGAGAGUGCAGAGAAAGGAGAGAAAAACUCAGCUAUCAUCGAAAGAUUCAGAUGUAGUGGAGGCGAUUGUUCGUGGUGCGAGAGAAGCCGAGCAUGACAAGGAAUGGCAUAUUUUGAGUGUGGAGCCGACUGCGGACGCCUCAUUUUUCAAUGUUUGGCUAGCAGUUCAGGGACAAAUGCACAAAGUGAUUAUGAAGAUUGGUAGACGGAUCAUCGUCGAUUCUCGUGCUCCACGCGGCGAUCGUGAUACAAUUCGACGAAUUUUACCACAUCACAAGACACCUGGUUUCCUUUACGAAUUCCGUACAGAUGAGAAUCAGCUGACAGCACUCAUGGAUAAGCUGUAUUCGGAGACGUGUAGUUCGACGAUUGAUGGAAUCUACGAGUCAGAAGUUCCCACAAGCUUCCGUGCUGUACUCCAACUUGGCUCAAUCGUUCGACCGGAUCAUGGAAUCUCGCUGGGUGGACAUCAACUGACACUGGAAAAUUUAAAACCUAUGGAGAAGGCACCGUAUCUACCACUAGAUCAGAAGAUUCGGACUAUCUUCUUGUAUAAGUUCUCACAGGAUUCUCGGCAUGUCUAUUCGCUUAUUGAUUCGUCUGGCUCCGCAGCUUACUUCUACAUUGUUAAUACUGGAGAUGUUCAGAUGCCUAAUAUGGACUCCCUCUACACAUCCGCAUACACUAAAAUGAUGUCAACUGAACGUGGUCAGCUCUGUCACACUUCUGAAAGCAUGCCGUUCACAGUGAAGCGAUUCUCAUCAAAUACAGAAUGCGAACGUCAAUUGGGAAGAGCAUUGCGUGUAUAUCGAGAGGUUUCGUCCAAAACUGCGAUUGUUCUUUUGCUCAGUGACACGGAUCCAUUCCGAUUGGCACGAAAACUUCCGAAUCUCGGAUUAUUCCCAAAUGUGCAGCUUCAUAUCACUGAACCAUCGUCACUUCUCAAUCAGAUAGACUGGCAAAAAGUCGUGGCUCGUCGAGUACUGCAACACUAUUUCAACAGCUUCUUCUUCCUCGCCGACUAUCUUGAAUGGGCUCGCUAUCUUCGUGUUCCAAUCGGUAAUCUGCCUGCUGAUCAUGCGCUCUUCGGAUUGGAUCUUCUCUUCGCCAGAAACCUCCAGAAAUCAGGUCACGCUCUGUGGGCAACUCGUGCGAGCCGUCCGGACUUGGGAGGAAAGGAAAUGGAUGAUGUUCGUCUUUCAGUUGAUUGGAAUCCGUUAUCAAUAGAUGAUACGGUUCUGUUGAAUCGGGAGACGUUCUGUGAAACUGCCUGUGUUGAACUUCAACUCAGCGCUGUUGCCGUGACGGCUUUAGUUCAACGAAGUCGUGUUUUGGAGGCAGAAGGGGCCGACGAUGUAGUCACAUUUGACUCGAUGAAUACAAUUGCACAACAGUCAGUGACAGGAGGAGCUGUAAACUCAAUCGCCUGCUAUGAUGAAGGAGCCGCGGUGGAUGCAACGAUAAAAGUGCUCAAACAAAUGCUCACAGAAUGCGUUCGCCAUAUUGCCCAUCAAGGAAAUGCACGUGCCGAUGAAGUUGUGAUGACCGUAUCCAGAUGGCUCAACACUCGAUCUGCUCUACUCUUUGACGCUGCCCUCACCAGGAGUGUUUCGGUGCUGGAGAGUAAGUUGGUGCUACUAUUGUGUGCGGAAUGUGAACGAAUUGGAGCAAAAGUUAUUCACGCAACUGCUCAAAAGCUGGUGUUGAAUACAGGAAAAUCGACAAGCGAGGAGGCCAAGGGGUUUGCGGAGAUGCUCAUUCAGUCGUUGAGCACAAAUGUUGUUUUUGCGGCUCUUCAUAUCACUCCUGUGAAGUUUUUCGAUGCGAUGCUCUGGAUGGACGCACACAAUCAUACUGGAAUUCGAAUUUCCGAAAAGACCGAAUCGUCCCCAGAUGUGAUAGCUGAUGAAGAAGAAAGUAGCUGCACCGAGUUCGAGACAACUGCUAUUUGGAAGAUCGCAGAAGAAAUGCCAACAGAGGCGAAUAUUCAGGAGGAAUUCCUCCAAAUGAUUGGCGCCUACAUUCUUGAAUUCCUUGAAACCAAUCGAAAAAUGCACUUUGACUCGGAGUCCGGUGCAACUUUCCGGUCAGACUGCAUCUCACAAAAGAUCUCACAUCGUCUCUAUCGAAUUGUGAACAAGAUGGUGCAUAACAAUGCGGAUAUUGCACAUUGUUCUGUGUAUUUGGCGAAUGCGCUCUGUCGAGCUCUAUCCUGUGAUCAGACCUCCCAGUUGGCAGUCGAAGGAAUUCGGGAUAAUGCGAAGCGUCUUCUGCACAAUUCUGUUGUGGAAGCCGACAUGACACCACUGCGUUCAACGACUCUCUUCGUCUCAAAUGUCUUCUGCAAUUCGUGUUCUCAGGCCUCGAACGUAUUCCUUUCCUCCACUGAUGAGAUUCUCACAUGUGCCACGUGUCAGAGUAAGCUCAACUCUGACGUCAUUGAUAUGAUGAUUUGCGAUCGAUUGAACCAGCUGCUCACUGCCUACCAGAUUCAGGAUCAUCAGUGCACGAAAUGCAAAUCGGUUCGUCACGACACACUAUCAAUGUACUGCGAAUGCUGUUCCCAGUUCAUUCCACAAAUCACACCUGCACAGCUGAAGCACGAGGCUUCCACCGUCGAGACUGUCUCCAUCGUCCGCAAUUUCGCGUUGAGCUCCGAACUCGCCACAUGGGUCUUGAAAAUGUUGUGAAUUUCCCUAAUUUUUUUGGUUGUAUUUUUUCGGGUAACUACUUUUUACUGUAACAUAUAUCUACUCAUUUUUCCAAUGAAUUCAUUUUCAGCUAUUU